CUUUUGUGUAUCUAGUAGACAUUGCGUGGGAAAUAUAAGACCCUUGAGACAAAUUAAUUAGUAGCAGAGGUGUUAUGAAGCCACCAGAGGGUGCUAUGCUCUCUCAUCUUUUGCUUUCUCUAUCAACUGAAUGAACAGGGAUAGCCCUAUUUGUUUUCCUCCUCCUCCAUCCUCCCUUUAUGUGUUUGCUAUAAGCAAUUACACUCCAGACCCCUCAGUUCCCACCAUGACUGCUGAUUGGAGCCCUUUCUAACAAGAUGAAUUCCCAGCACUGAAAACAACGAUACAAACACUCAGUCCUAGCAGUAACGUCUAAGGACUGUUCUUUUACAUUUGCUAUAUUUUUCCUUUUAUUUAUUUGUGACUGUGAAAGAGCCAUGAGUACAAUCCAUGGAUAUCGAGCAUCUUGGUGGACCUAUAUUCUUCACCAGGUCCCACAUACAAAUUUCCAGUUUGAAGUAGUGGACAGCAACUUUGCCCCGCAGGACUGGAACUAUCAGCAGGCUCUUCUGUUUUUAGCCAGCAUUGCGGGUCUCUGCUUGGUGAUAAGCCUCGUGUUAAUAUGUGUAUAUUUAAUCAAACUCUGCUGCUGCAGAUCUCAGGAAGAGGAGGAAUCUAAGAGCCGACGAGCCUGUUGUGUCACAUGGAGUUGUGUAGCUGCUGUUAUUAUAUGCUGUGCUGGCAUCGGCAUUGGUUUCUAUGGAAAUAGUGAAACAAACGAUGGCAUAUAUCAAGUGACAUAUUCCCUCAUGAAUGCCAACCACACAUUGACCUCCAUUGACUUGUUGAUUUCUGAUACAGUUGACCUUCUCAAUUCCGUUGUGAAGAGCGAUUUAACCCAGCUGGAAGAAAUUUUCUCUAAGCACACAGAAUUUUUAGUUAUUGUUCGAAACACCAGAAGGCAAGUGGAAUCAGUGGCUCAACAUUUGACUGAGAUGUCCUUCUGGAAGGGACCUGAACUAACUCCAAAUAUGGUGGCUGAACAAGUUAAUUUUAUAGAAGAUUACAGGUGGCUGGCUUACAUUCUGCUUCUUCUCCUGGAUCUUAUCAUCUGUCUGUUCACCUUACUCGGCUUGGCCAAGCAGAUCAAGUGGCUGGUAAUAGUGAUGACAGUAGUGAGCUUCUUUGUUCUUUUUCUCAGUUGGGGAACCAUGGGGCUAGAGAUGGCCGCAGCAGUGGGAUUGAGUGACUUUUGCUCUGAUCCAAAUGGAUAUGUCCAAAAUCAGACCCAAAUGAUUACAAACAUAAGUCCAGAUAUCUUACAAUACUACAUCUCAUGUAACCAUGAUGUAGAAAAUCCAUUCCGACAGAGGCUAACCAUGUCUCAGAGGGCGCUGUCCAACAUUCACUCUCAGCUCCAUGGAUUGGAAUUAGAAGCUGUUCCACAAUUUCCCUCAGCAGAGAAAAACCUCCUGGUUGUACAAGGAAUGUUAAAUACAACAGAAGGAAAUUUUCAUCACCUUGUGGCUCUGUUAAACUGUCGGGGACUCCAUAAGGACUAUGUGGAUGCUCUGAAAGGACUCUGUUAUGAUGGCAUGGAAGGAAUUCUCUUCCUUUUGCUGUUUUCUUUCCUUUCGGCCCUUUCCUUCACUGCUGCAGUCUGCAGCCUGCCUCGGACAUGGAAACGGUUUAAUAGCAGGGACCUGGACUAUGACGACAUGGAUGAAGAUGACCCUUUUAACCCUCAGGCACGUAGAGAGAUGCUCCGCUCGGCAGGCAGGCCACAUCUGCCCAGUUUCUAUAGUUACAGCAGUAGCUGCGGCAGCCACAACAGCCUGCGGGUCUUGGCCCCGCCUAUUUCCAACGCCCCUGUCUCACAGUACAUGAAUCAAAGCGGUUUGUUCAGUGGCAAUCCUCGAUUUGAAAAUGUUCCAUUGAUUGAAAGGCAGUCCCCACCCCCGUCGUAUUCACCCAGCAUGCGAACAUCCUUCAUCAGUGAAACCCAGGGAGAGACGGAUUCACCAAGCAGGACAGAAUUUGUAUCCUAGAUUACAUACAAUCGUCGCACUGGUUCCCUGUCUCAUCCUGUGCAAACUAACAGACAAGAACAUAGACUGAGCAACUGCGCUCUUAACCUUUUGGGCAGGGAGAUUUCAAUACCAGAACCCACUCUGCUUGGCAUUAAACUCUCCUUCUCUAUUGUGCUACAACGGUACACAUCAAAACUACCCCACUGCCUUCAUUUUCUAUUUUUUAUUUGAUCGUAUGGUUCAUAUUGUUUUUACCGUUCAGACUCUUUCCACAUUUCUGUACCUUAAGUUCCCUACAUUGGAGUUUCCAAUGAACAUUUAUGGGGUCAUCAUCAUUGCAGAGUUUCUGUAGAAAGAUUUUUAAAAUGAUAUAUAUAUAUAUAUAAAAGGAGCCAAGAAACUGAGGUUCGCUGCCAGCUGUGACAGUACAACAAUACGAGCAUUGGAAUUCCAGCUCAGCCUUCUCUCUGAAGUCAAAUUAACUGCAAGAUAGCAAUGAUACCAUCACUGGUUGACACUGGUCAUAUAUGCCUUGCUGUAUCGAACCAUGACAUUGAAUAUGUGGCACAAAUGACAGCGCAAAGGACAUUACUUCUACAAAACUCUCCUUCGUGAAUCUGUUUUUAAUUAGAGAAUUUUAACACUAACUCAUAUUUUACAUUGAUAAGAAAUAAAAGGGGAAAAAACUUUAUUACAAA